AUGUCUUCAACAGGUCUGGGCCGCCUAUCGUCCACUUUCGCGUACUACACGCCGAGCCCAAAGUAUGCUACCCUCGAGCUGCGUCCAUGGCUGCCUCUCGAAGCCCACCCUUCCCAGCUCAUCUAUCCGCCUCUUCCACGUGCUGUGCUCUCGCGAUCACCCAGCUUCAAUGAGAACUACACCGUCACCACGCACGUCUUCCCUGCUGCCUAUCCACGCUCUACUCCCUAUGUCUACCCCUUUGUAUUGCCCAGUGAAUCCGCGAGCAAAACUAAGCGGAAGGCUGCUAUCAAUGCGACGGCAAAGCAAAUCGUUGAGAUACGAGAGGCGGAUGAAGCUGGCGAGUUGCGGGGCGAGAGGGACAGGAGGACGUACUGGUGCACUGUGAAUCGGUAUGCCCGUAAGAACGCCCAAGAAAGAAGUGGCAGGCCAAGCGCGACGCUUGUCUUUGCUCCCCCAGCUGUAUUUCCGAAGGAGAUCUGGGAGACGACUCUCCACAACCUGCUCGAUAAGCCUCAUCCUUUAAUCGAGAUAGACGAAGUCUGGUCCUGGGAACCAAUCCAACAUGGCGACUCGGCACUCUUGAACGCAGGUAUACUUGGCGGCACGUAUGGCCUUGUUGAUCAUGCACGCGAUCUUGCCCAGCUCCUCUUACACUUCAUUCCCGACUUCACCAGAGACGACUGCGUUCCUACGCAUCUACAACGGGUCUCACAGACUGUGAGCGAUGCUCGGAUCAGACAUGGCUUCGCUUUAGAUCACGGAACAGGCGUAUUUAUAGGUAUUGGGCACUCGUACGGUGGAUGCGCCAUGACUAAAGUUGCGCUUGAAUUCCCCGCUCUCUUCUCUGGCCUUCUGCUGAUAGACCCUGCUAUAAAUCAACCCGGAACGUACGACCUCGGCUUUCGGUUUUCAACUGUUGCUGGCGCUCUUGUUCGACGCAACCAAUGGAAAUCUAGAGAUGAAGCCAGGAGCGUUGUCAUGAAAAGCUUCCCUAGGUGGCAUGCUUCCAUCGUGUCGACGUACAUUACCUACGCUCUCAUCGACACAGACGGUGCAGGGUUGGAAGGAGCGGAGAAUCAAAAAGUCGGCCUCAAGACGUCUCCAUAUCAAGAGGCACUCCUAUAUGCGAACACUCGCAUCCUGUACGAAGUGUGGCAGGAGCUUCCAUCCCUACCGGAGCGCAUCGCGCUGAGGUUCUUGAGACCCGAGCUGCACGAGGCCAGCGGAGUACCGAGCGUGGUACCAGAGGAGAAGGCAUUCCCUGAGCGUGCGUGGCGUCGCCCUGCAAAUGCAUCAAAUACCAUCAUCAAGGGCGCAGAGCAUCUCGUACGUUCAGUUGUGCUGCUCCAUCACUUCACUGUCCUUUCUGCUGACUGCCAAUGCACGCUGCAUACAAGUUACACACGAGGCGUCUGAGCAAGUUGCACAGGAGAUAGAACUUUUUGUGCUGCACGUUGCUAGCACGGCUCAGGGAGUGGCUGGUAAAGCUCGGUCAUAGAUGCGCGGGUAUUCGUCUAUGUGCAUGAUUAUUAUCUAACGUUGAUCGUAUGUAGUAUUUAGCUAGUUGAAGCGUGUCUAGUUAGUCAUGUUUAUCACCUUUCCC